GCGAACACGUGGCUGCCGCGGAGUCAGAGCAGCAAUGGCGGCGGGUGGCGGCGGUAGCUGCGACCCCCUGGCCCCGGCGGGGGUCCCUUGCGCCUUCUCUCCGGAGAGACAGGCCUACUUCGCUUUGGCCUCUACCGACGGUCAUCUGCGAGUGUGGGAGACAGCCAAUAACCGGCUGCAUCAGGAGUACGUGCCUUCCGCGCACCUCAGCGGUACCUGCACCUGCCUGGCCUGGGCGCCACCGCGGCUGCAGGCCAAGGAAAGCCACCAGAGGAAAAAAAGGAAAUCAGAAGCUAUAGGAACGAGUGACCAGAUUGACUUGUUGGCUCUUGGUACAGCAGUUGGUAGCGUUUUAUUGUACAGUACGGUAAAAGGAGAAUUGCACAGUAAAUUAGUAGACGGUGGUCAUGAUAACAGAGUCAAUUGCAUACAGUGGCAUCAAGAGAGUGGCUGCUUAUAUAGUUGUUCAGAUGAUAAGCAUAUUGUGGAGUGGAACAUACAGACGUGCAAAGUGAAGUGCAAGUGGAAAGGGGACAAUAGCAGCGUCACUUCCCUGUGUAUCAGCCCAGAUGGAAAGAUGUUACUUUCAGCUGGUCGAACAAUCAAACUAUGGGUUUUGGAGACCAAAGAAGUCUACAGACACUUCACAGGACAUGCGACACCAGUUUCAUCACUUACGUUUACUACUAUCAGACCUCCUAACGAGAGCCAACCCUUUGAUGGAAUUACAGGCCUUUAUUUCUUAUCUGGAGCAGUGCAUGACCGGUUACUUAAUGUCUGGCAGAUCCGGUCAGAAAACAAAGAAAAGAAUGCAGUGAUGUCUUUUACCGUUACAGAUGAGCCUGUCUACAUUGACUUGACUUUGUCGGAAAACAAAGAAGAGCCUGUCAAGUUAGCUGUUGUGUGCAGAGAUGGUCAAGUUCAUCUGUUUGAACAUGUGUUAAAUGGACACUGCAAAAAGCCUUUAACUUCAAACUGCACAAUUCAGAUAGCAACGCCUGGGAAAGGCAAGAAAUCAACACCAAAACCCAUCCCUAUUCUAGCAGCUGGAUUUUGCUCAGACAAAAUGUCCUUGUUGCUUGUGUAUGGCAAUUGGUUUCAGCCUACUAUUGAGCGAGUGGCUUUAAACUCCAAAGAACCUCAUAUGUGUUUAGUAAGAGAUAUUUCAAACUGCUGGGCCCCAAAAGUAGAAACGGCCAUAACAAAGGUGAGGACACCUGUGAUGAAUUCUGAAGCGAAAGUUUUGGUGCCUGGGAUUCCUGGGCAUCAUGCAGCUAUCAAGCCGCCUCUUCCACACACUGAGGAAGUAGAAAGCAAGCGGAAGUUAGGGGGAAAUGAGGUUAGCAUUGAAGAGCGCCUGGGAGCCAUGGACAUAGAUGCAAAAGAGGGGAAGGAUGACCUUUUGCAGACAAAUAGUUUUCCAGUUCUGCUCACCCAAGGCUUAGAAAGUAAUGAUUUCGAGAUGCUAAAUAAAGUACUUCAAACUAGGAAUUUAAACCUGAUAAAGAAGACUGUGUUAAGGAUACCCUUGCAUGCUGUUAUCCCAUUGUUACAAGAGCUUACAAAGAGGUUACAAGGCCACCCUAAUAGUGCUGUUUUAAUGGUUCAGUGGCUUAAAUGUGUAUUAACGGUUCAUGCAUCAUACCUGUCCACAUUGCCUGACUUGGUACAUCAGCUAGGAACACUCUACCAGCUAAUGGAAAGCAGAGUCAAAACUUUUCAGAAACUCUCACACCUUCAUGGGAAGCUUAUCCUUCUAAUCACACAAGUUACAGCAUCAGAGAAAGUAAAGGGAAUGACUUCCCCGGACCAGAAGGCCAAAUUGGUGUAUGAAGAAGAAUCUUCGGAAGAGGAGUCUGAUGAUGAAAUAGCAGAUAAAGAUUCUGAUGAUAAUUGGGAUGAAGAUGAGGAAGAGAAAGAAAGUACAAAGGAUGAAGAUACUGAUGAAGAAAAUGAAGACAAUGAUGAGGUAGAAGAAAAUGGUGGGGACAGAGAUGUAGCCAGCGACAAAGAAUUAAAUGGAGAUUCUGAUUUAGAUCCUGGAAAUGAAAGUGAAGAAGAAUGAAGACAUAAAGACAAGCCAGUCAAACUGUGCAAACUCUGGCUCACCUUGCCCAGUGCUGCCACAUCCUCCCGGGGAGGGUUGUCCCUGUGCCAGGACGCCAACGGCCGCUGCACAUUUCCAAGUUCACAGCGGCGAUUCCCGCGCCACCUUGCUAUCCUGAGUGCCCCAGACUUUAACUGUGUAAAUAAGAGUGUUUCAUUCAAAUGUUAAUAAACUUUACACAGUAAAUAGACACAUUUUCUGCAAUGUACUGACAUGAGUGUCCAAUAUAUGGUAUAUUUUUAUAAUACCCUAGUAUGAUUGGUUAUCAGGAAUUGACUUCCGGGAAGACACAGACAUUUCCUCCAGGGGUUCAGGAACUGGGCGCAUGUGAAGGAGUCAGCUCUUAUCUCAGGUUGGUGUCUUUCAUUAAAUCCAGAUGUGACACAGCACUAGUGAGAAGUUUUUAAUUUGGUACCUUUAAUUUGAUACUUUUUCAUAAAAGGAAAAACUAAAAACUGGACUAAAAAUGAUUGGGAUUUAAAAACUUCACCUGUAUCCCUAGUUUGUGUAUUAACUAUGGUAAUCUGACAAGUCAGAUUGGGUAUUUGGAGUGCUUCCCAAAAAUAACUACUUAUUUUUUAAACUGUCAUGUGAAAUAUUUUUUUAAGAUGAACAAAAAAAUUAUGGUAAUUAAAAAACUAAAGACUUAGCCAUAUUAAGAAUUUUUCUUGACUGCAAAUUGUCUGUAAAGAAUCAAGUGUAUAGAGUGGUCAUUACUUGCAACUUUUUAAGAAAUUCAGUCAUUGCUGCUUUUAAAGGUUUUCAUUUUUAUUUAAAUUACUAAUGGAUCAAAGAACAGUUGUUUAUUUUUUCUCUUUUGUUUUAGAUAUUAAUGAUAACCUUGUUAGAGUUUUUUUUCCAAAGAAAAUAUUUUUAUAAUUCAGUAAUUUAAUGUGUUCUUCCUCUUCAUUACCCAUUCCUGGCAGUGUUAGGGUAUCUGUUUAUCUUUAAAAUAAUAAAUCUGACUCAAGAUUUUUAUGUCUGUAUAAAUAAGUAUUUUGGCGUGCUACAAAAGCUUUUUCAAAUUAUCAGCAGUUUACUUUGUUUUGUUUCUAAAGAAUGAGCCAGGAUUUGCUUAGUGCUCACAAGCAGACACACAGAUUAAAGCUCACCUCUAAGGAAGGGUUGGGCGGAUGGAUUUAUUUUUUCCCACCUGUGAAUAUGUAAAACAAAACUAUUUUAUCUCUGAGGGACUUUUAAACAGUGGCAGAAUGAGAUUCUGUGCUCACCUCACAGAGCUGGAGCCAUGAGAGCGUAUUGGGAAUGCAGUUUGAGCUCGUUGCUGGUGCAAAUGUACAGUGGUAUUUGUCUAUCAAUGGAGCUGUUUAUGACAAUUUAAUACCAUCUCUUUGUAAAGUGAAUAAAUACUCAUCUUUACUCA